AUGUCCACUGCUCCCUUUGGACCUUUAACAGUGACGAGCUUGUUCAGCUUCAUGGAUUUCGCGCCCUUGGGCACAUACUUCGGAACCAGCAGGUCCAUGAACUCGAACUCGACCUGCGGGGCCAACGACACGGGCGAAGACCCAACGUGCGACAACACAGGCCGGAAAGUGGAGAACCGUCGAAGAAAAGACAUGGUGAUGAAAAACGAUGAAUUUUUGAUUUCUUGUUGGUGUAUGGAUUAG